GUGAUAGAAGAAUUAGAAAGUUCACGCAGUUUUUAUCUUUCCUUUCAUCGAAAAUAAUAUAGAUUGAAUCUUUCGUUUUGGAGAUGGCCUAGAAAGUACUUAUGCAAUAAUAUCCACGAAGGAUCUGUGAAUCAACAGACUGAGGAACUCCGCAAUAAACCUGAAUCGCAUUGCUAUCAACCUUUUUUUUGUCCCUAUCGAUAUUUACACUUUAGUAAACAUGAAGCUGGUCUUCCUAUUCGCUUUUUUCCCUUACGUGCUAAGUGCUGAUUACAGACGAAAUGUUUAUCCGUCUUUCGAAGGUAAUAUCCAGAACAACCAUGAGUAUCAAACACAAAGUAUUCCAGAAAGCGUGGACAUUGUUGUGAAAAGCUGGUUGGCAACAGAUUUAAGCCUGCGAAAAAUCUCCGAAAAGUUAGUACAAACCUUACUACCUUCCGCCUUUAAGUUGCUCACAACAUCGAAGCUAACUACGGACUGUUCAAAGGAUAUUGUCAACUUCCUGAGGGGUAUUGCUGAAACCAAGAUUUGGGCCUAUCAAAUGGUGGAUUCAUUCGGGAAAAUACCUACUGGAAUGGUCAUGGGAACCGUGAGCUCAUUGGGUGACUAUCAGACCUGUUUGAAUGCAACUGCCCCUGACUUAUUCAUUGGAAAAUACUGCCUUGUAGACUUCGAAAUACCUCUUCCAGAACAGCGUUACUUUCAUCUUUGGAAAAAGGAUGUUAUUAAAGCUUUUAAUCUCUCACAUAAUGACUCAAUUGCGAAUGAAUUUUUAAAAUUUGGAGAGAAGCUAUACAUGCUCCAUCCUCGGACAUCUAUUUGUAUUCCUUCAACAUGUACAGACGAAGACGCUAGACUUAUUGCAAGAAAAGCCAUUCAGCUUGCAGGUCUUCAUUUCAACACUAAUAUCAAGAACUGUGAAACGAAACUAGAUCCCGUGGAAGUGACCUUUCUUGAUAUUUUAUUAGGGUUAUUGCUGAUUUCCUUGGUUCUUGUUGUGUUGGUAGCCACGAUUAUGGAUUUCUACCAACGAGUAACUUCCGAUAUUUCAGAACGAGAGGAAGGACUAAGUCCAUUUCUAUCCUUUUCAUUUUUUAUAAAUGCAGAAAGAUUAGUCAAGAAUGAUGAUAGUCCUGAUUCCAUUAGAGUGUUCUAUGGCUUACGAGUAAUAACAAUGAUUUGGUUGAUCAUGACUCAUGUUGGACAUGUUGAUCAUGUCGAAGCAUUUGGUGGUUUGAGAACAUACUUUGAUCUGACAACAAAAUUUUUGGCGCAAAUUGUGCCGAGUGGGGUUGUAGCUGUGGAAACCUUUUUCUUUAUGAGUGCUACAUUAUUAUCUUAUAAUCUUGUGAGAGUAUCGGACCAGAAGAUGAAUUUUGGUUUGAUAUUUCUAAGGCGUUAUGCCAGGACCACUAUUCCUCAUUUAAUGAUGAUUGCUGUCACCUCUAUUCUGACAUUUGUGGGUACAGGACCUCUUUUCAAGGAAAUUAUUGGAAAAGAAGCACAGAAUUGUAAAGAACGAGGAUGGAUGAACCUACUCUAUAUAAACAAUUUCAUACCUUUCGAUGAUAUCUGUAUGCGAAAUUCAUGGUAUUUGUCAGUGGAUAUUCAGUUAUUUCUUACAGCAAUUUUGGUCAUUGUACCUUUCAGGAACAAUCCAAGGGCAGCUAUUGUUUGCAUUGUGGCUUUACUAUUUAGCGGAAUAUUUGGCACUUUCAUAUCACACAUACUAUACAACCUUCCUCCAACGUGUCUUACAAUUAAUCUCCAAAGCCAGUACAUCUCAGAACUUUUCCAGAGAAGUUAUUUAAUGCCGCACUUCCACCUGCCAACGUAUUGCAUUGGAUUGCUGGUAGGAUACUUUUUGGCAUUAAGAAAGUAUGUCCGUGUAACAAGGAAAGUCAACUUAAUUUUAUGGAUUGCAGCUAUUUCUACUCAGUUGGUAGUUGUAUUUCUCCCGUAUAUUUGGAAUAAAGGCACAGAAUUUCCAGGACUUUUACCUUCACUUCUUUUUGGCUGCUCACAUCGUGUCUUGUGGGCGCUUUCACUUGCCUGGAUUACAAUUGCAUGUCAGUCUGAUCUUGGAGGUAUUAUUGCGAAAAUUCUUGGAUCACAGAGAUUUGAGCUGGCCAGUCGUCUGACGUUUAUGGCCUACCUGACGAAUUUUACAAUAAAGUACUUAUACAUUGGAACAGUCUCAAAUGUAAUAAUAUAUAACUCAACUAUGAUGUUUAAUAUGUUUGCGAGCAUCCUCACAGCAACAUUCUUGUUCUCAUUUGUGCUCACUCUACUUUUUGAAGCUCCAUUCACGAAUCUUGAGAAGACAGUGAUAAGGAAUAUGAGAUGGCGAAAGUUGGGGAAAGGAAUAUGAUAAAAUCCACAACGAUUUCUUGAUAGACUCUUACUGUUUUUUAUAAUAAAAGGAAAUACCUGGUUUA